GCGGGGGACCGUGGCCUCGGGUCGCGCGCGCAGCGGCGCGCACGUGACACACCCCUCCCGCCCGCCCGGGUGCCUGGCUUCCUCCGCCCCGCGCCCACAGUGCCUCAGCGUCGCGCGCCCAGCGGAGCCCAGCCCGGCGGCCGGAGCGGCAGCGCCACACCCCCCUUGCCGGAGCCGGGCAGCCGAUGGCGUUCUCUCCCGUGGCCGUGGACUCGGAGGUGUCGCCGGAGCCGGGCGGCAGCGGGAACCCCGGCCGGGAGGCGGACGGAGAGCUGGAGCUGUUGCCGUGGCUAGGCGAGAGGCCGGUGCCCGGGCACCGCCUGAAGGAAGUGAUGGGCGCGUCUUUGGCGUCUCUGUGCCUCGGCCCCCUCGCAGGACCGCAGCGCCUCGGGACCCUUGUGGAUUGCCUGGUGCUGAACUAUCGCCUGCGCCUGGGGCUGAGCUGGAGCCGGGAGCGCGGGGCCGCGGCCGCGGGGCCGCUGCGCUGCUGCGGCUGCGGCAGGUUCCUGGCCGAGCCGGUCACCGUCCCGUGCGGGCACACCUACUGCCGCCGCUGUCUCCGGAGGCAGCUGCGGGCCCGCUGCCGCCGCUGCCGGGACUGGCUGUUGCCGCCGGGGGACACCAGCACGGCCGCUGCCCCGCUGCGGACCAGCGUCGUCCUUAGCCAGCUGGCCGAGAAGUGGUUCCCGAGCGAGAGCGAGAGGGCGAGAACCGCGACCCGGCUGGAGGAGCUGCUGGCCCAGGGCCGCUUCCGAGAGGCGCUGGGCGCCGCCAGCCAGGCUCUGCGAGCAGAUUCCAGUGACUUGAUGCUAAGAGUCUACCGAGCCGAGUCCUAUGUUGGUCUGCAGGAACAUAAAACAGCCAUAGAAGAUCUAAAUGUUGUUAUUUCUAAGAUGCCAAAUUGGCCAGAGGUCUACUUCCGCAAAGGAAAAGUGCUGCAAGACUCUGGCUUUGUAGGUGAUGCCUUACAACUGUUUCUCCAGUGCUUAGCCCUUGAUGAGGACUUUCUUCCAGCCAGACAAGAAGUAGAAAGGACACUGUGUGAUGUGCUGUCUCCAGAGAAGUUAGGAGAGAGUCUGAAGGAAUCCGUUUGGAAUUCACCACAUAUUCGAAGCAAAUCCUCCCUGCUUGGGUCUGAGGUGAUUGACUCUUACUGCAACUCACAGCUUUGUCCUGAGCAGACUUUAGGAGGGGCAGGUGAGCUGGAGCCUGUCGGUGGAAGCUUAAGUCGCGCACAGUCUGCCCAUGCUCUUAACUCAACAAAAGACCUUGCCAAGGAGGAUGGCUUAAAGAGGGUGUCUUCUGAGCCCCUGCUCUCUGGCCAAGAAAAAGGGGCUUUGUUGAAAAGAAAGCUUUCCUUCUCGGAGCAGGAUACAGUUCUGUGUGAAGAUGGAAGAAACAAACACAAAAAGCAAGGAGAAAGUACCAAAAGGGACUUGGAUUUGGGAACAGUCCCAGGGGAUUUGAUCGAUGUGUCAGAUUUUGAGUGCUCUCUAUGUAUGAGGCUGUUCUUUGAGCCAGUGACAACCCCCUGUGGACACACGUUUUGCAAAGGUUGCUUGGAACGGUGUUUAGACCACGCUCCUCAUUGUCCCCUCUGCAAGGAGAGCCUGAAAGAGUACCUUGCAAGCAGAAAAUACAGCAUAACAGAACUGCUGGAGGAACUAAUCAUGAAAUACUUGUCUGAGGAAUUAUAUGAAAGAAAAAGAAUUCAUGCUGAAGAAACUGCUGAACACUCAAACUUGACCAAGAAUGUCCCAAUGUUUGUUUGCACUAUGGCAUAUCCUACUGUGCCUUGCCCUCUGCACGUCUUUGAGCCAAGAUACCGCCUGAUGAUCCGCAGGAGCAUGGAGACCGGCACCAAGCAGUUCGGGAUGUGCAUCAGUGAUCCCCAGCACGGUUUUGCAGAUUAUGGAUGCAUGCUGCAGAUCAGGAAUGUUCAUUUUCUCCCUGACGGACGGUCCGUGGUUGAUACAGUUGGUGGGAAGAGAUUUAGAGUCCUACAGAGAGGGAUGAAAGAUGGGUACUGCACUGCAGACAUCGAGUACUUGGAAGAUGAGAAGGUUGCUGAUGAAGAAGAGCUAAAGAAGCUGAGAGAGCUCCACAAUUUGGUUUACAGUCAGGCCUGCAGCUGGUUCCAAAACCUAAGGAACAAAUUUCGCACUCAGAUCCUUCAGCACUUUGGGCCAAUGCCUGACAGGGAGGAAAAUAUACAGGCCAUGCCUAACGGCCCUGCUUGGUGCUGGUGGCUCCUAGCUGUGCUGCCAGUGGACCCCAGGUACCAGCUGUCUGUGCUCUCCAUGAUGUCUCUGCGGGAGCGUCUGAUCAAGAUCCAGCACAUCCUCACCUACUUCUCCCGAGACCAGUCCAAGUGACUAACCGCCCGCGUCUUCCACCGCCCGGACUCGCUGCUGCUUGUAGUAGCAGCUGGAGUGUUUGCUGCCUUUGCACAUCUGGCGCUGCUUCGGGCAGUCUGAUGGAGCUGCGUUCUCUCUCCUCCCCCCUCCUGGCUCCCUGCCCCGGGGGGCUCUUUGAAUGCACACUUUGCUCAGCGACAGAGG